UCUUCAUGGUAUUGACAACAAUAGCAAGUCUGCGAAUAGGUGAAAAUGCAACAUACUAAAUAUUGAUUUGCCCAGCAUUUUUGUAAGUGGCAGCAGGCUUGCAGACCGGCCUCGGAGAUGAGAACAGGUUGUUGUUGGCAUUAAGGGCUUCCCAAUUGAAAUGAACAAGCUGGUAUACUGUCGAUACGCUGGUGAAUGUUAAAGACAGUUCAUUGUCCAUUGACUAGGAAAAGCUGCAUGUGCCAAUGAGGACAAGUGCUUUUUUAUAUGCUGGUUUUAUAUUGAUGGUUUUCUUGUGUGAUCAGCUGAAUACUACUUCAACUAUUUAAGAAACAUUGAUACUGCUGCUGCUGUUAUUGUUGUCUAAACACAUUUUGUAAUUAUGAUGACUCAACAAGUGAAUCUGCCACAAAAGCAAGUGGAGCCAUAUGCUCUCGCCUCACCACCACCACCUGGACUGUUCGUAAUGACCCAACCUCUAGGUGUCACUUACACCGCACCGCCAUUACUUCCACUGACCCUCGUACCAUCCGUGGACAGUAUACUGUCGCCACAGGAAUUAAAAGUGAACUGGGCCACAUCCCCUAGCAAUGCACCAAAACAAGACACAAGUAAACAUUACCAUGUAUUUGUUGGUGAUCUCAGCCACGAUGUCCAGACACAUCAGCUGCAAGCUGCUUUUGCUCCAUUUGGAGAGAUCUCAGAUUGCAAAAUUAUCCGUGAUCCACAGACGUUAAAAUCAAAAGGAUAUGGCUUUGUCUCGUUUGUCAGGAAAGUGGAUGCAGAGAAUGCUAUAAAAGGAAUGAAUGGGCAAUGGAUCGGAAGCAGGCCUAUUAGGACAAACUGGGCCACACGAAAACCACCAGCUCCUCCACAAAAAGAAGGUAGAACCCCACAUCCAAUGAGCGCUGUCCAAAAGUUAAGUUAUGAUGAGGUAUAUAACCAGUCCAGUCCUACUAACUGUACAGUCUACUGUGGUGGCAUCAACAAUGGUCUCUCACAGGAAUUAGUUCAACAACAUUUUAUUCAAUUUGGUCAAAUAGAAGAAAUUAGGAUAUUCAAAGAUAAAGGUUAUGCUUUCAUAAGGUAUAAUAAUAAAGAAGCUGCAACCAAUGCCAUAGUGUCAGUGCAUGGGACGGAUGUUAACGGGUGUCAAGUGAAGUGCUCCUGGGGGAAAGAGUCCAAUGAAGGGCCAAACCCAGCAGCCUCACAACAGUAUGCCAAUGCCCCUGCUGGAGGUCCUGGGGGUCAGGGGUUUGGGAACUACUACAACCAGAUGGGCUACUACAUGGGCUAUCCACAGCAGUACAGUCAGAUGCCUGGCAAUUACAUGCAGAAUGCACAAUAUGGAUAUGGGUAUGGAAAUUAUGGGAUGCAAGGGUGUGUCCAGGGAAGCUAUGGCCAGAUGCCAAUGGGCGGGGCACCUGGUGGUCAGCAGUAUAAUGGACAACAGCAGAUGAUGGGGAUGGGGGGUUACCCUAUGCAGCAAGGCUAUCAGACAGGAUAUCAACAGGCCCAGUAAAGUGACCAGUGACCCCAGCAGCCACGAAGUGACCACUGUACAUAGCACACUGACUGGUUGUACACUCAUGGCGGUCGAUGGAAUCAGGAGGGGUUUCAGCACUUAUAUUGGACUUCGCGACAGCUUUAAUGAAGACAGACAAACAUAAUGCAAUUCAAUAUUUAUUCAGAUGAAAUGAGAGUGAGGCAUGGGUAUAAAGACAGCAUUCUGCACAGCAUGGUGGACCUUGGCUAAAUUCACCCAAGUCUGUGAAGAUUUAAAUUUAGGAUCUGGAUGAAAUUUUUGUAUACAUAACUAACAUGCAUAAGAUUGAAAAAUUUUGUGAUAUCUGCCAAUUUUGUAGUGCAGCUUCUUCAUGGGGAGGAUUAUCCCAAUAAGAUGAGGUGCCAUUUUAAAACUUGAUUUCCAUUUCUGCUUCAAAAUUUGGAGGAAGUUUCUUCAGUUGAAGGGAUUGGUAACAUGCUGUUGUUUUUGCAUGUGUUGAUCUUUUGACUGCAUAGUACAUGUGGAAAUAUUUAGAUCAGAGACCGCAAAGGUAACUUACAAAUAAUAUCCCCAGAUGCCCACCAGGAAAACUACAACGUUGAUUUUUUUAAAGUUGAAAAAAAAAAAAAAGAAAUCGGGGUUAGGGUAAUUCACAUGUAAAUAUAAUGAGUAAUGUAUAGAUAUAUAUCGAACUAUAUAUACCUCUACAUGUAGCAAAUCAAUGUUAAAACUGUACUGCUUUGCUGUUCUCUAGCCACUUCCUCUCAGCUGUAUGUUAGCGGCAGAUGCACACGCCAUAGGCAGUAUUAGCCAAGCACUUUUGGUGUGCUGCCUGGAUGCAGCAACGGUAGGAAAAAACAGAUCAAUGUUCUUGCUGCUGAUUAGAGUAAUUGAAUAACACUGACAGGUCUCUUAUCAAUUCUCAUCACAUGCACCUGGGGUAUUGAAUAGCGAUAUGCCUUUUGUACAUCCUGCUGUGUAGUACUAGAGAACACGGGUCAUUUUUACAGUAGUAGAUAAUGCACAGGACAGUUGUAGAUGACUGGUCUGUGUGCAGCUUGUAACCACAGAUACUGCUAAAUAAACUACAUGGGGGUGAAUGUUAGAUUUUAUUUUACACACAGGAAGCAAUGUUUGAUAUUUAAAAAGCUGUCUAUGAUACCUUAUUUGUAAAAAAAAAAAAGACUGUCGUACUUUAUUUGUAAACUGUGCACUUGAGUAUGAUUUCUUGUUUAUCAAAGGCAACUCAUGAUUCCAAUAGCGUAACUUUGGUUUUCAGCUUAAAUAUAACUCUAUUAUUACUUUAAAAAUUGAAUUUGAUAUUUAAAAUGUAGAGAUAAGAGUCUGUAACAGUCUUGAAUAAUAUGCCAUUUUAAAUGGGCACUGUUUUAUUUUGCUAAGGUUUUUAAAUUCAGGUGCUGCUUUUAUGUAGACAAUUCUUCCACACUUUCAUUUUACGAGACAUUCUGUUGCUGUUGUUUUUAUUUGAGAGUUGAGAAGUAAAGUAUGGUCGUAAAGAAUAUAUUGAUAUGAACAUAGUGCACAUAAUCUAAUUUUAAAUAUUUGUAACCAAUCUAUGCUCCACAUGUCUUGAUGGGGUUGUGAGUAUCUAUCCAUACCAAAUCACCAGGUCAGUUUUCUAAAGGGGCAGGAAUUCACCAUUUCUCUCAAACAGUGUAACCCUAUUUUUUGUAAAAAAGAAAGUGGCUGUAGGCAGACUUGGUAAACAGCAAAGCCAUUCUAACCAGUAGCUUUGGCUUGGUGCUACACCUGCAGAUUGCAUUGUAUUGUAGUUAGUAACUGGUACCUGGGUGGGGGACUUCACAAGGAGAGGACCUGUGGCCCUGGAUCCAGUGAAAGUAAAUAUGAUCAGGACUUCAUCUGCAGAUAUUGUUUCCCUAGCAGGCCUGUCUGUUACCAUGAACUGAGAACCAAGUUGCACACAACAAAAUUUUUACUACUGCUUUUUGGCAAAACAGUGGAUGGUAUCCAGUGAGAGAUUAAUAGUUUUCAUAUAACUACUUUGUAAAUUAGUGGGGUUUGUAUAUCUUAUAGUCUGAAUUUCAAUAAAUGUUAUGUAAAGCCACCUGUUACAGUGUAACGGUGAAAGCUCUAAUUCAUACACUACGUACCUAGAUAGGAAAUAUGUAUUUAACCAUGUAUUAUAGAAAAGUGUGCUCUUUUGUUGUGAGAAUGUUAUAAUAAUAUAGCUGUAUAACAACAAGUUAGUGAAAUGUUCAAAUGUCAUGUUUGUAUAGCAACUGCUUUUAGUACGCCCUGCAAUGCAGAGGCAAUCAGUCAAAUAUCUGUGUAUGAUCAGAAGAUCAGGGCAAUACUGUUUUGACAGAAAAUGUUGUAAAAAUAAGAAGUGGCAAACAAUAAAGGACAGAUAUCAUUUGUUAA